CCCAAAGAGGGUGCGGCCCCUUUAAGAUAACUUCCCUCCAUCAGAAGGCAAGACCGGAAGUGGCUCUCUUUUCCCCUCCCCUUUCUGGAUCCACGUGGUUUUUAGAGGAAGUGACGCGAGGGGAAUCCGGGAGCAAUAGAGAGAAGGCGACAGGAGGGCCGCCGGAGGAGCCGCGAGCUUUCCCAGCCGAGACCCCCGAGCCAACGCAGCCGCGCAGGCGGCCGGGAUCCCGGGACCGCCGGGUCAGAGGCAUGGCCACCACACUGGACCUGAAGUCCAAGGAAGAGAAGGAUGCUGAGCUGGACAAGCGGAUCGAGGCCCUGCGCAAGAAGAACGCCGCCCUGAUCCGGCGUUACCAGGAGAUUGAGGAGGACCGCAAGAAGGCUGAGUUGGAGGGCGUGGCCGUGACUGCGCCCAGGAAGGGGCGCCCCGCCGAGAAGGAGAAUGUUGCUGUGGAUACGGAGAGGAGCAUGGGCUCGGGCCGCCGGCCGGCUGCCCCGUCCCGGGCCCAGGGGAGCACUGGGAAGGGGGGCCGCAAUGCCCCCCAGCGCGGAGGCAGGGCCGGGCCGGGGAGAGGGUCCAGGGUCUGGGAAGAAGAAGUGGUGAUCUACGUGGAGCCGCCGCCAACCCGAAGCGGAGGAGGCCGGGGCCGUCGAGGCCGGGGCCGAGGAGGGGGAGCGUACUCUGGAGGGAGCGGCCUGGCGGCGGGGGACGCCCCGGUCCCCGACAGGAGAUCCAAGGAGUGGGAGGAGCGACGCCGCCAGAAUAUAGAAAAGAUGAACGAAGAGAUGGAAAAGAUAGCCGAGUACGAGAGAAAUCAGCGGGACGGGCUGCCAGAAAAGAACCCUGUGCGGAACUUCCUGGACGAUCCUCGUCGCAGUGGGCCUCUGCAGGAGGCCGAGCGCGACCGUCGCGAGGGCAGCCGGCGCCAUGGGCGGAACUGGGGUGGUUCCGACUUUGAGCGAGUUCGCAGCGGGCUGGAGCACGAGCGUUAUGGUCGUCGGGCAGGACCAAGUGGGGACAUGACGCUGUCCAUGACGGGCCGGGAGCGGGCUGAGUACCUGCGAUGGAAGCAGGAGCGGGAGCGCAUCGACCAGGAGAGGUUACAGCGGCAUCGGAAGCCCACGGGCCAGUGGCGCAGGGAGUGGGAUGCUGAGAAGACAGAGGGCAUGUUCAAGGAUGGACCUGCCUCUGUCCCAGAAACACCCUCGCAUCAUGAUGAAGGCAGUAGCCGACCCCCCAAACCCCCAACCUUUGGAGACUUUUUGUCCCAGCACAAGAGUGUAUCUGGCAGCCGAAGGAGAAGGAAGACCAGCCGGCCCCGGGCCAAAGGCCCACCUCGGGGCUACAGCCACCAUGAUGACCGGUGGGAGCCCAAGGAACAGAAGGAGCAAUUGCCUGUCACUGACCAGGAGAAGCCCCCAGACUCAGAGCCACAGACUCAGACUCCCAGUGCAGCCCCAGAGCCCCCUGCUCCAGAGGCAACCCCAUCCACUGCUGAUGAAGAUGAGGACCAGUGGGAGGAUGUGAGUGGUGAGGAGGAGGAGGAGGAGGAGGAGGAAGAGGAAGAGGAAGAGGAUGGAGAUUCUGGGGAGGAGGAGGAUGAGGAAGAAGAGGAAGAGGAGGAGGAGGAGGAAGAGGAAGAAGAGGAUCAGCUGCAAGCAGGUGCUGGUGGCUCAGGGCAGACCCCAGGACCCCAGGGCAGCUCUGCCCCAGCCCAGACGGCCUCCGCAGCCCCGAGCAGCCCCUUCUCCCCCUCCGGAGGCCACCAGCCCGUGUCCGACUGGGGGGAGGAGAUGGAGCAGAGCUCCCCCCGAGCUGCGCUCCCCGAUAGUGGUUCUAGCCCCGGAACCUCCCCUUCUGGGGCGGGGAAGUGACUGGCCAGAAAGGAUGCAUGACCUCGACGGAGAGCUCCAGCUCCCCUUCGCACUGACCUUGACCCAUUCCCGGCUGCAGAUUUGGAGGCUGGAAGGUUUCUCUGGGCCGGUUAGGCCCUAGUCCAAGAUAUGUGGGCGGGAGGGAUUGCUCCUGCAGAUCAUUCCGCCCUGCUCCCUCCCCACGGCCCCCGGGGUCACUCAGCCUGGUCAUCGGGGGAGAGUGGGGGAGGGGUAGUGGUGCCCUUAGGGAGUGGGGGUGGUGGAUUCAUCCCUUCCUGGUGCCGGUCACUUUCCCUAAUGCUUGGAUCCCCCGCCCCUGUGGUUCGGGAGGGAGCGGUCUCAUCCCUUUCCAUCUUCCUGUGUUCCUCCCCUUCGAACCUUAAUAAAGGAGCCGAUUGUAAAUAAA